AUGAGUCUUCACAAUCUUAUCAAAAAACCAAUAAAACUUUUAUUUGUAGUUAUAAAUAACUGCUCGAUCGACGACUUUCAUUGCGGCAUCUGGAAAGUCAGGGAAAAGAGUCAGUCGCCAGUUUCUCUUGCUUACAAACACACUAUAAACGUCACGAUGAAACAAACUGACAAGAGUCCAUUCAAAGCAUCAGCAGCGAGCCUGAUGAAAUGUACCAAUCACGUUCAAUGGAUCGCAGCUUUAGCAGGUAUUACACUAUGCUUUUUAUGCGUGUGCGUCGUGUCUUGCCACCAAAACAUUGCACUACAAACAUUGUUUAAUGAUAUUGCAGUGCUCAUGUUGAAAGUGCAACUUGGCAUUUACGUCGGCUGGGCGUCGCCCAACUUCGCUUGUCUCACAUUAGAAACCUCAUCGAUACCGGCAACAGAGUCUGACAUCUCAUGGAUGAUUUCGAUCACGUCGAUAGCAGCAGCAUUUGGUUCGAUUUUUGGAUGCGUCGUCAUGGAAUACAUUGGAAGUAGGAAAACAAUAAUAUUCACUUAUUUGUUAAUGGCUAUCUCCUGGACGUGUCUUCUAGUGGCAAACACCAUUGUUUGGUUAUUCAUAUCACGAAUGAUAGGUGGGAUUGCUUAUGGAAUUUUAACGUGUUGUUUCUCGAUAUAUCUCGGUGAAGUUGCCGCUCCGGAAAUACGCGGCGCAUUGGUUGUUCUCUCGAUUGUUGGCAGUCCUACGGGAACCAUAAUUGGAGUCAUUGCCGAAACAUAUCUGCAGAUCAAAGUGUCAAGUUCGAUAUACCUGCUGACAGUUUUAAUUGGUGUUGUGAUGUUUCUCUGGCUGAAGGAUACUCCGUACUAUUUAAUGAAGAAAAAUGAUGUAACCGCUGCGAAAAAGUCGAUUCAAUUUUAUCGUGGCAAAGUCGACGUGGAAAAAGAGUUGAACGACAUAGAAAAGUUUGUUGAGACGAGUGAAGGAAUCAGUGAUAAGCUUAAAAAAUUGAAAGCUCCGGCGGUUAGGAAAUCACUGAUUAUCGUAGGUAUUGCUGGCGCACUACCUAAUGCCUGCGGCUCGUUUACCAUUAAAUCGUAUAUGCAGAAGAUACUAGAACGUGCCCAAGUCAGUAUAAUUCAGCCAAAAGUUAUCGUCAUUUACAGUUAUCUCAUAUCAGUGGCGUCAGUCUUGUUAGCGAUGAGUCUGAUCGACCGAUUAGGUCGCAGGUUACUCGUCAUUUUGUCGAGCGUUGGGACUGCGGUAUCUUUGACAACAUUAGGAUUACAUUUUUAUUUAUUGAAGCUAAACUUUGACGCCGACGUCUUACAAUGGCUGGCAUUGUCGUCACUGGUUUGCUACUUGAUUGCGUAUGCGAUCGGAUUUGAAAUAAUUCCUGGCACUCUGUUCAGUGAAAUGUUCUCGCAGAACAUAAAGAGCAUAGCUGUGUGUGGGGUAGUUUUGAUGCAAUCGAUUAUUGGAUUCGUCGUUACUAAGUCUUAUCAACCUAUGGUUGAUUAUGCAGGUGAAGCGUAUGCAUUCUGGACGCACGCUUUCUUAUCUGCGCUGGGGAUCCCCUAUGCCAUAGUCUGGCUGUUAGAAACAAAGGGAAAGAAAUUCCAUGAGAUUCAGGAUGAUUUGCAUAGAAAAUCGAGAUCACGGAAAUCUCCUAAAGUGAACGAUACGCCUUGUAAAUGUUAA